UGAAAAUCACUCAGAAGAGUGGAACAGCGCCUGGAAACGGCACGAAGUGCAGAAGUACAACAACGGCUGGAGGAAAGGCAAAGAGCAGCAGUGCAUCAGAUGCAAGCAAAGUGGAGAGCAUUGCAAAACAGCAGCACAAAGAGAGAGGCUAAUGUUGCAGGAGAGAGACAAUUUGUUAAAAGUAAUAAUAAUGAUCCAAAAAUGUCAGAUUGUGGUGACAUGCAGGUCAACCAUACCUGUGCAUCAAAUAAGAAUAAUGUAAAUGACAAAAAAGACAAUCGAAGUUCACUCUUCAAUGGACAGUCCUCAACAAAACCCCAGACAGUUGCGUUUGAUAAAGCUGCAUCAUCAUCACCAAAUGUCAAGUUUAUCAAGGAGGUCUCCAAGAGAGUGCAUAAGGCUAUGGCUAUGGCUACCACCUCUACAAAUAAUGGAGCUGUGUCUUCAAGCAAAAGCACAAGUAAGGUGUCAAGCACGUCAGAAAACAGUGAUGCAGAGAAGAGUACAAAUGAAAAGAAAUCCAUUGAGGAUGAAUUGAAACAGGAAGAUGAAGAUGGACCUUGGGUGAAUGAUGAAAUCAAAAAGCAAAUUGACCUGCGAAAUGGAGCAUACAAAACUCUUCUUGAAGAAAAGGGAUGAGAAAGUCCUAAACUACUAUCUCAGGUUGAAAGAACGUAUCAGGAAAAUGAUUGCUCAUGCCAAGCAGCGUCACUUGACCGGAAAAGCG